GAUCGAGCCAGUGUGAGAAAAUCCGAUCCGGGCGAAGCGCAGGCACUGAAAGCUCUCCAGACGGACGGCAGAGCCACGCAGAGCAGGCACAGCUGGAGCUGUGCUACAUCAAUCCAUACAGAUGUCUGAGGAUCUUUGAUCUUUGCGGUGCGACGAUCCUCUCCGGUGGAGGCGAUCGAGUCUCUUGCACCGCGGCACGUGCCGCCAGCUGUGCACAGAUGAGCCCCUCCAGCAGGGCGGACACCAGCUGGCCCGCAUCUCCCAGGGAUAUCACUGCAGAAGGAGAGCUGUAAAAAGCAGCAGAAAAUCGGCAUCCACCCCACAAGAGCACACACUCCCCUCAGGGCCUGCUGACUUCUGGAAAAUUGCACAGAAAGGGAAAAAAGGACGAAGUCGGCUCGUGGCGGUGCUCCUCCGCAGCCUUGGCAGCUUUGUGCCAUUUAAAAGCUCUUCUUGGUGGGACUCUGCUGCUCUGGCUGCACCCCCCUGCUGUCAAAGCUGGCGAUGUCAAGAGUACCGAGCCCUCCUCCCCCUGCGGAAAUGUCAAGCGGGCCUGUGGCUGAGAGCUGGUGUUACACUCAGAUUAAGGUGGUUAAGUUCUCCUACAUGUGGACUAUCAACAACUUCAGCUUUUGCCGUGAGGAGAUGGGCGAGGUCAUCAAGAGCUCAACGUUCUCUUCUGGAGCCAAUGACAAGCUGAAAUGGUGUUUGCGAGUGAACCCCAAAGGCCUGGAUGAGGAGAGCAAAGACUACCUGUCCCUUUACCUGCUUCUGGUCAGUUGUCCGAAGGCAGAGGUCCGUGCCAAGUUCAAGUUCUCCAUCCUCAAUGCCAAGGGAGAGGAGACCAAAGCCAUGGAAAGCCAGAGAGCCUACCGCUUCGUCCAGGGCAAAGACUGGGGCUUCAAGAAGUUCAUCCGCCGGGACUUCCUGCUGGAUGAGGCCAACGGGCUGCUCCCUGAUGACAAGCUCACUUUGUUCUGCGAGGUGAGCGUUGUCCAGGACUCUGUGAACAUCUCAGGCCAGAACACCAUGAACAUGGUGAAGGUGCCCGACUGCCGUCUGGCCGACGAGCUGGGUGGCCUUUGGGAGAACUCGCGCUUCACUGACUGCUCCCUCUGUGUGGCAGGGCAGGAGUUCCAGGCCCACAAGGCCAUUCUGGCAGCGCGCUCCCCCGUGUUCAGCGCCAUGUUUGAACAUGAGAUGGAGGAGAGUAAGAAGAACCGUGUAGAGAUCAACGACGUGGAGCCAGAGGUAUUUAAAGAAAUGAUGUGCUUUAUCUACACUGGCAAGGCGCCCAACCUGGACAAGAUGGCCGAUGACCUGCUUGCCGCGGCAGACAAGUAUGCUCUGGAACGUCUCAAGGUGAUGUGUGAAGAUGCACUCUGCACAAACCUUUCUGUAGAGAAUGCAGCAGAGAUCCUCAUCCUGGCUGACCUACAUAGUGCCGACCAGCUCAAGACGCAGGCUGUGGACUUCAUCAACUACCAUGCAGCGGAGGUGAUGGAAACCUCGGGCUGGAGGUCCAUGGUGGCCUCACACCCGCACCUGGUGGCCGAGGCCUACCGCUCCUUGGCCUCUGCGCAGUGCCCCUUCCUUGGGCCGCCCCGCAAACGCCUCAAGCAGUCCUAGGAAUGCCAUUACACUGCCCUGCUCCCCCACCUCCCCACCCCAGUGGACCUGCCCUCCUUCAGCCUUUGACACUGUAAAACAAUGCUCCUCCCCCUUCCCCCCCCCAGCAGCUCCCGCUCUGCCCGCAGCGACAGUUCUGUCGGCUUUCGGGGUGAACGAAAAUCAGGACAAGACUGAUGGGCUGCAAAGCAGCCUCUUCCGGUUGGACUGGCCAUGUCUCGGGUCCUGGGGCUGCGUGUGGUGCCUUGGCUGCACAGACCACGGAGCUGUAAAGAGUGACUAAAAAGGAGGCAUGGUGAUGUUCUGCAAGCCCAUACAAAAACCGAACAAGUCAUAUAGUCCUGUUGCUAUAUUUGCAGACCUUAAGACAGGAUAUUCAAUUAUACAGAAGGCAAGCAAACUUAUUUAUAUGAACUUUUAAUACAUUUCAUAAAUAGUUAAGUCCUUUUCCUUUUCUUGUUUUUAUAACUGAUAAAUGAUGGACAUCUACAACAGUGCUGGAGUUAUGUGGAAUUUUUAAGUUGUUAAAGUGGAUGAAAUAUCUAUUUUGUCAGGGGACAGAAAAAACUUGGAUUGACAUGAGUUCAAGGGCAUUAACCUUAAUCAUCCUUUAAAGUUGAAAAGCUAUGGCACUGUUUAAAAAGUGAUAAUUGCACUAUUUUACAUGUCUCCCAUGUGGUCUGUACUCUGCAUAGCCAUAAAUCUGCAGUGCUUUAGUAGACUAUAGAGGUUGACAAGACUUUGCAUCAACAAGGAGACCAAUAAAAAUGAAUUUUGUUCAAGAAAAUGUAUCUAAAGGUAUUAUGGAUUAAUGAAUUGAAACUGCAUAAGUUGCUUCUGCAGAAAGCAGGUCAUUACAGAUGUAGAAAAGAAAGCUAGUAGAGAAAUGGUAACUUUGUGACGUUUGUAUUUAAUUUUUCUUCUCACACUUGUUGUUUUCUGUAAAAAAAAAAAAAAAAAGAAAAAAAAGGCAAAACUACAGAAGGAAAAACCUUUUUCUGUUUAUUUUUAAUAGAAGAUACUUUAAAGAGGUAUCAUGUCCAGUUGAAUGAUGUUGCUCCCUUUUCCUUUUUUGGUUCCAAAAAAAAGGAUUUGUAGCAAAGUUGUGCAAGAAACAGGAUAAAACCUCAUCAUCCUUUAAAGUGAAACAAGUUUUCAAAUUGAGAGAAAAACAAUAGAAUGAACACGUUUUAAUGUUCAAGGUAUCAACGAUAUUUCUUUUUAAAAAAUCUGAAAGAAGUAAAAAAAAAAAAAAAAAAAAAAAGAGCAUUGAUUCUUUUCCUCAGUUCUACUUCAUUGUUCAACGUGAAGGAGCCCCAUGACUUCCCUUUCUUUCUCUGUUGGGUGU